AUGAAUGUGGUGAACAAGAUUAAGUUACUUGGUGAAGAGUUGACUGACAAGAGGAUAAUAGAGAAGGUUUUGGUCAGUUUACCUGAGAGAUUUGAGACAAAGAUCUCUUCACUUAAAGACUCCAAAGACCUGUUCCAUAUCAGUUUAGUAGAACUUGUGCAUGCUCUUCAUGCACAAGAGCAGAGGAGAUUUUUUAGGCAAGAAGACUUUAGUAAGGGAGUAAUGGUUGCUAGUCAAAAGGGAAGAACAUGCCAGGGAGGAAAUAAGAGAGCUACUAGUGAAAAGAAGGGAAAAAUAGAAAAGUUGUUACCAGGAAGGAAAGCAUGGUGGUUUGAGGUAUGCAAGCAGUUUGGGCAUAUAGAAAAGGUUUGCAAAAAUAAGGGACAUCGGCAAGAGCAACAAGUACAAGUAGUGGAGAAUCAGCAACCAAGUCAAGAGACUGAACAGCUCUUCAUGGCCUCUUGCUCAAAAUUGAAAAAUCCUGGUGAAUCUAUAGUAAAGAUUGGAAAUGGAGAUUGUGUUGAUGCCAAGGGAAGAGGCAAGAUUGUUGUUCAAACUCCUUCAGAGCAUAGGCAUAAGAAUGAAGUAAUGAGAGUAGGAAUGCUAGCGAAACGCUUUCCAAUAAAGUGGAAGAAUUCAGCCUCUCAAGCCCGAUCUGUUAAGCUUGAUGAGACAGAAAUGUGGCACAAAAGGAUUGGUCACUAUCACUAUAUUGGCUUGGUGCAAAUGAAGAAGAAAAACUUGGUGGAUAACCUACCCAAAAUUGAUGAGAAAUGA